GCUUUUUGUCUGUGGUGUUUGGUUUUUCGGUCAUCAUUUUGGUUCGACUGUUGAAAAAUAAUUUAUUGAUCGAGUCACGCUCUUAUCACUAAUGGGUUGUUGGUUAUCUUAGUAAAAAAUAAUUACUGUUACUACAUUGAGUACACGGUGAUAUUGUUUACGGGCUACGGCUAACAUAAUUCAAAAUGAACAAGAAGUAUUCUCCAUCAGAACUGUACGAACUUUACAAGAAGUGGGUGAUCAGCAACCCCAACGUUGUGACCGAUGUUGAGACGGUGGCAACAUGGUCGUCUUACUUCGUCGCCGGUAAGAUAAACAAAUCACCAAUCGUAUCAGAGUUCGUCUACGCGGUGUCUAAACUUCUUGCUCUAUUCAACGAUAGACUCAUUAGAGAAGCCUACGGCAAUGAAGUUCAGUAUUACGGGCUGCGGGAACAGAUAAAGAUAUGGCUGACCGUGAUUCACUAUUGUGAAGUGCUUGUUGAACUGGUGGUCAAGCACAAGUACAGCUCCCGAGCUAAAUGGACAGUGGCUACUCUUCUACAGCUGUUCAAGUGCUCCUCGGCGCUCAUUCUCCUGUACAAGUAUAAAGAGAUGCCGAUAUCGCACCCGCCCAUCCCUAUGCUGCAGAGGAAAAAAUUCACAGAGGGCAAAGAGACUGACGAGAACUCCAAUGCAUUCUUCACUCUACGGAGGUCGGGCCGAGUGGUGCGCCGCGUCGAAGGCGCGCCCCCGGUGUCCUUCCGCGACUGGCAGCCCAUUAAAAUCAAAGAAGACCAUCCCAACCCUAACAUCAAUCUCAAAGAUCUAAUGUACGCUGAGACUCUCCAUUUGCUAAAACCCCUCAUACAUCUUGCUGCCAUGAGAGUAUUUGGCUCAAAGGCAUGGAAGCAAUGGUUCAUUGCUCUCGGACUUGACUUGGCAAGUAUGAAGCUAUACAACAGACAUGUAAACAAUUUGCCAUAUGAACAAAGAAUAGAAAUAAGCCGUAGGAAGUUAGGAAUGAUUCUGUACUUGCUAAGGAGUCCGAUGUACAAUGGAUACUCACAGAGAGUUAUUGAGGGUUCUCUUACAUCCCUUUCAAAAUCCAUCCCACUGGCUUCAUUCAUUGUUAGUCCAAUUAUACAAUAUUUGAAUCAUUGGCAAGAAAUCUACUUCUAUAUGUGGGCUUCAUAAAUCAAUUUAUCCGUUAUAAGGUGUUGUAAAUGGUGGUUUUGUUAGUAUUUAAUCCAAGUUCAGGGGAUACAUUUUAUAAUCUAUCAUUUUCAUAAUUCCACUGCUUAUGUUUUGAUAACAUUCGCCAAAUUCAUAUCUCUUCAAAUAAUGUUUGUAUUGCUUUGAAGGAUUUUAUGUAUGUAGGUAUAAUUUAAUUAAACAAUUUUGUGUACCUGCAACAUUUUUAGUUUUAUAUCUUCUGUGUUUAAUACAUUAUAAUGUUUAGGGUUGUGUUGGUAGUUUAUACCAACCUUUGCUGUGCAAAAGUCUCCCUUCAACAUAACAUUCCUCUUUAAGUUAUUAUAAGCGAAAGUGAUUCUACUAGUGUGAGAGCAGGAGGAAUUUUCAUUCAUUGAACCUUUGUUUUUGUUUAACCCUUGAAAAUAUACCUAUGCCUGUCACGAUUAUGGUGAUUAUGGUGUUAUAGGAAUUCUACUAAUUUUCAAUACAAAAACACAUUUUAUUUACCUAUACAGUAGAAUCUCGAUUAACCGGACUUCGAUUAUCCGGAUAUCCGAUUGUCCGGACUCAUUCUUCAUGGUUUCUAAUUACCGAUUCAGGAUCUGGACCCAUAAAAACCGAAGGCGCUGCCAACGUAACAUAGUACGGACGUCUUUUUGGUUCAUUGUUAAAAGAAAUGGAUGUCCAAAUUGUCCAAUGGUCUAAAAUUUAGAUUUUUAGCCUCUAAAAUGAUGUAUUGAAAACCCUUUCUGUUGUGUGUAAAAAGUUAAUUAUUGUUUGAUUUUACUUUGGAAUCGAUUAUCCGGAUUUUCGAUUAUCCGGACCACCCCUGGUUUUAAUUGAUCCGGAUAAUCGGGAUUCUACUGUACAUUAUCUUAUAUGCUGAGCGAUAAGACAUUUGUAAAAAUUGUGUAUGUUAUAAAAUAUUGAUUCAAUUAACUCCAACAUUUAUUAUUUGAAUCUGGAAGUGUGAGAAAGUGAUAUUUCAAAUAUUUUAUCAAUAACAACGUUGAAUCUUUAAAUUAUAUGUAACAAUAUUAUUUAACCAGAGGUCAAAAACUUGCAAUUUAACAAAAAUAUUGACAAUUUUGACAAGGUUUGUUUGUAUCCCUGUUAUAAUUAACUAUGUAAAAUAUACAUACAUAAUUUACACAUGUUUAUUUACAUAUUACAUAAAAUGUAUUGGCACUGGCUAUGCUAUAACAAACAGCGAAUGCAGGUACUAUGUUACCAUGUUUAGUAUUGCAAUGUUUAUGUUUUGAAUAGCGAAAAUAUUAUUUUUGUAGAACUUUCAAGCUUUUUUGGCAAGUCAGAGACAAGACAAACAAACGGAGGUUAGGACGAUAAUUAUUAUUAUGUUAUUUUUUUAUGGGUGAUGGAAUUGUGCUGGUAUUGCGUAAGAUUCAUCGAGCUGUAGGCUAAGUUUAUACAGAUAUGCAUUGUAGACAAUAUUAAUAAAGCCUUUGUUAUUGAAAAA